AGAAUAUAUUGUCAUAAUGAUCAAUAUUAUGUGUUAUACUGCCCAGCUCUACCCAAAUCCGUGGUGUUAAAGCUCCUCAGAUAUGAUAAGUCCUCACUUGUGUUGCAUAUUUAAAAUGUUGAUACAUACUACACAUUAAUAGAAGGAAGUCCUGAGUGUGUUUGCACUUGUGUCCUAUCAUUACAAUCAAAGAGUGUAGCAUGCUUAGGCUGAGAUGUGUGGAAAGGUGUAAUGUAAAAGUUCACCAGAUUGUGCAAGAGUUGGAACACAGACUGUGAGCAUUGGGCCAUAGUUACUCUCUGUACAUCGCCCGGCGUACACUCCCGCCUCUCAUUUGCAUGGACUGCAGAUGACAUUGGAGACACCUGCUGUCAGUUCUUUUUCUCAUCAAAUUCCUACAUGUCUUGCCAUCAUCUCUAUAUAUCAGUGGUAUGGUGAACACUUUGAGGUUAGGCUUUUCGUUGUUCUCCAAAAUAAAGAAAUUGUGCAAUAAAUGUCUGUAUUAAAGGUACGAGAACAGCAAAGUUAACUGCUAGUAAGCCAGCAUUAUGGCCACAACUGCUCCUUAUUCCACUUUACAGACUAUUUACGGAGUUUUGUACUUUUCCAACCAUCUCCAAAAUCCUAGUUUAGAAUGUCCAGUCUGCUUACGAAAUCCCAAAAUGCACUGCAGUAGGUUAGUGUUAAAAUGAUGUACCCAGGCUCCAGUGGUGCAACAGUCAUGAUCUCUAGUACCAAUCCUGAUGAUGACAUCCGUGGCCAGGAGCCUGGGAGCAAAAUUGGCCAUGCUCUCCUCUUCCUAUCAAACGACACUAGCCAAUUGUUGGCAUCUGUUGGCUCAUUUACAAAUAAGAGGGCUGGUCGUGCUUUCCUUCAUGCAUGUUAAGCUGCCCUGUGACACAGCAUGAGCAGCAGUUCAAAAAGAUGCGGUUGUCUCUGAGGAAGGACAUGUGAGCAAUCACCUUCCUUGGUUGGUAGCUGUCAUGUGAUGGGGAAAGCUGUCCGGUGGGUCACCAAAUUGUGAGAAAAUGGGUACAAUCCCCAAAACAUGAUGUACCCCAGCAGGUACAGAAUACCUAUAAUGCAUUUACAGAUUUGUAGAGACUAGUAAUAGGGCACCCUUUGGUAUCAUAGACACAAGUAAAAUUUGUAUUGCCUGAGCUAUUCUGAGCUAUUUAUUUUGCAACUAGCUAAACCUGUUCGAGCAUAAAAGAACCAUUAUGAUUUUGGUCAUUACUAACAUUAGCCAAGUUGGCUAGCAAGUUCUUUGGCUAAAAGUUUCCAGGUAAUAGUUUAUCAUUUUUUAUAUCUUUUCAUAAGGGGGUAGCUUUUCGACCUCACAGCUCCAAGGUCUCUGGGUAGAUCCUGAACUUGGGUUACUAUCUGUGAAGGUGUUUCAUAUGUUCUUCCCCUGUCAGUGUGGAUUCCUUUUGAGUUCUCCAGUUUCCUUCCACUGUGCAGGUAGGCUGGUUGGCUAUGGCAGAUUUCCUCGAGGUGUGUGAGUGAGGUGUGUGUGUGUGUGUGAGGUGAGUGAGUGAGUGAUGCCCUGGCAUCCUAUCCGGGGUGAAUUCAUCCGCCUUGCACCCAGUGUUCCCUGGAUAGGCUCCAGCUCCACCACAACCCUCACCAGGAUAAAGCAGUUGCUGAAGAUGGAUUCAUGAAUAAAUGUAUCAUGUCUUCCAGAGAGCGCCGCUCAGAGCUGCACAUAAAAGCUGAGCCCAGCAGUCCGGAGGGCGGCGGCGGCGGUGGCGGGAGGACGAGCCCUGGUGGCGUCUCUUCUGAUUCCUCUCACAGCGGAGGAGGAGGCGGCAUACGGGGAGAAGGAGCAGUACGCUACUCCUCACCUGUAUACAGCCCAGCACUGCGCUGCCACUUUAAGGAAGAUGGAGCCGACGGUGCGGACGAGGGCUCCACAGGCAGCAGCGGGGGCCGCUGCAAAUACGCCCUGAGCACCCUUCCUAAGAGGCUUUGCCUCGUAUGUGGCGACGUGGCCUCCGGCUACCACUACGGUGUGGCCUCCUGCGAAGCCUGCAAAGCAUUCUUCAAGCGAACUAUCCAAGGCAACAUUGAGUACAGCUGUCCAGCGUCCAACGUGUGUGAGAUCACCAAGAGACGCAGGAAGGCCUGCCAGGCAUGUCGCUUUACAAAGUGUCUCAAAGUGGGCAUGCUCAAAGAGGGAGUUCGUCUGGACCGGGUGAGAGGAGGGAGGCAAAAGUACAAGAGGCGGCCAGAAGUGGAGAAUGCCAUGUACCAGAGCACACCGAUACCCGUCAAGAAAGAGGGGGAAAGAGGCUCCCCCAGCAUCAUUGUGUCACAUCUGCUGGUAGCUGAGCCUGAGAAGCUCUUCGCCAUGCCGGAUCCACUGCAGCCUGACACGGCUCAGCGCACCCUCACCACGCUGUGUGACCUAGCUGACCGCGAGCUCGUCGUCAUCAUCGGCUGGGCCAAACAUGUCCCCGGAUUUCUCUCUCUUUCUCUGGCUGACCAGAUGUCUGUGCUGCAGUCUGUAUGGUUGGAGGUGCUGGUACUAGGGGUGGCGUAUCGCUCUCUGGGCUGUGAGGACGAGGUGGUGUUUGCUGAAGACUUUGUGCUAGACGAGGAGAUGUCGCGUCUGGCUGGCUUGACCGAACUGAAUGCUGCCAUCUGCCAGUUGGCACGCCGCUUUAGGGCCCUGCAGCUGGAGCGCGAGGAGUUUGUCAUGCUGAAGGCCAUCGCUCUCACCAACUCAGACUCAGUCUACAUAGAGGACAUUGAGGCCGUGCAGAAGCUGAGGGAUCUUCUGCAUCAGGCUCUGUUAGAGCUGGUGGUGCAGCAGCGUCCGGAAGACCCGCAGCGUGCCGGCCGCCUUCUCCUCACGCUGCCCCUCCUCCGGCAAACAGCCAACCGCGCACUCACCACUUUCUACAGUAUCAAGACCCGUGGAGGUGUGCCCAUGCAUAAACUCUUCCUGGAAAUGCUGGAAGCCAUGAUGGACUCCCCCUAGCGUGAGGUACACAACAAGGUGAACAACAGGACACGUCAGCAAAAAAAGAGAGGAAAAAUUUAAUCCCCCCCAAAAAAGAUGAAGGUUUUUUUAAAAAAUAAAAAUCUUUUUCAAAAAACAAGUGCAGUAACCAAAAGGCAAGUUAAAAGUCCCUUCAAAUAUCAUUCAUAAUGUGAAAGCUUUGACAUCGAGCAGCAAGACAGGUGAUCCCUCAUUCGUUGAUUGGACUUCUUCACAUCACAAUAUUCACUCGCUUGUUGGAAUCAUUUACCCAAAAGAUACAAGGAUAUCAGAGUUGAUCAGAGUUAUUAUCACACACACAGUUUCCUAUAGAUUGCUUUAACAAAUGGGACUUUCCAUCAGCGUAAUGUUUCGGGGCUACAGCGUUGCAAUGAGUUGAAGUUCAGUUACUGCUGUAUGAAAUCUCCUUCGCCUGUAGCGCCCCCUUGUGAAAUUAUAGCAAAGCCAUAUGAAACACCACACAAAUCCAGUAAUCCAUUAGGUGACCUCGUAAAGAGCCAUGUUUAACCUUUGUCCCACUUGUGUGUGUGUGUGUGUGUGUGUGUGUGUGUGUGUGUGUGGACCAUUUCAUGUACAAGUACUUGCUAUAACCUGUAGGUACUAUCUUGAUUUACCCAGAUAGUUUUGUGGUUUAAAUUGAAAUAUGCAAGACAUGUACAGGAAUGUUAGCCCUACAGGGUGAACAGGGGGAGGUAGUAAUUUAGGAGUUACAUAUGACAGGAGCAGAAAUAUACUGUAGUACAUGCUAUUACAUGCAAUAUAUUUUAAAGCAAUAUGUAUCAAAAGUUCAAGUCAUGUAUUUUUCUGUAGAGGGGGGGCACUGUUGAGCCAAGCCUUUUGUUCCGUUCAAGCUCUGUAAUGUAGUGGUACACCAAGGGAACGCUGUCAAAUAGGACACCAUUCUUCUUUACACAGUAAUGCACUCUUUAUAUUUUAGGAGUCAUUUCCACAGAGUGAACGGCUAGAGACUCUUGAACUUUGUACAUGCGUUUGUGUGUGUGUGCGAGUGCACAGAUGCAUUGGUGCAUUUAGUUCAGGGUAAAAGAGCCACCUCAAGCCCUGUAGGCCAGCUGGCUCUGUACACGGAGUCUGCUGCUGUGCUGUGGAAAGACGUUUUAUAAUCUGCCUGAAAGGAAUUGAGCACGAACUCCUGCUCAAAAAAAAAAGAAGCUAAAGCUCAAAGCUUCACCUGAUGUCACAAGCUCUUCACGUGACCAAUACAAUAUUAUACACUGGGAGCAGAGACAGGAGACGGCACCGAGACUGAUCAUAGCUGUUGGUAUUAUGCCUCUGCACUCUGAAUCCUCCCUCUAAAAGACUUGAGAAGGAGCUGAUCCAGGAUAAAGGAUGGAGUGAAACUUGAAUCCUCAUGACCGACGUGGAUGCAGCGCGUGGCCCUCGUUGGUCAUGCGCCGUACGACUUUCACUGUAUGAGAGUAACACUUGGUACAACAUGAAGAGCCUCACAAUAUGAUGUAAAAAAAAAAAAAACCCAAUAAUAAUAAUCCCUCACAGCCCUUGACCAUUCUUGUAACUUUUUAUCGACAUUGUGUUGGUCACUGCUGUUUCCGUGUCGUUUUUGGGUGUUUGUUUUGCAGACAUUUGUCUGGUAUUAUAUGCAAUCAUUUUCAGAGCCCUACAACUCUGCUACCUUUUUUUUUAUUAUUAUUAUUAUUAUUAUUAUUAUUAUUUUUAUUUUAUUAUUUUUUUUGUGCAUUUUUGAAAAACUCAACAGUAGGAAGAAAAGCCAACUGCUGUCCAGGCCAAGGCAGAAUAAAUAAGAAAAUCAAACCACUAAAAAAACAAAAAAAAAAGUUUCAGACCUCUGAGAUUACAGUGUGUCUUCAGGGUGCUUUUCACUGUACGUUUGUAGUAACGAUUAUGUGUGUAAAAGUUACGCUUGCAUCCCAUACGCAGGUAAUUCCCAAUUCUAGGCUGUGAUUGAAUUUUUCUUAGAUAAUUUCCAAUUAAUUUAAGUUUAUCUUCUUGUAGGAAUCCCUCAGCCCAAAAUGCCAUGGGAAUUUCUGAUCCUCGAGUAUGAUCUCUCUUUUCUUCUUUGUGGUUUGUCAAAGUUUGACUGACUUGAAACAUAGACGUUCCGUAUAUUACAUGUCCUCAAGCUUGGUACUAAAAUAAAGCAAUCUGGUUGAAUGUUGUAAAAUAUUACUUUUACUGUUGUUGUGUUGUUUUUUUUGUUGGGUUUUUUUUUUUGCCUUUCUUUACAGUUUUUUUUUUUCUCCAACAUUUUGUUUUUUUCAGUGAGUGAUAACAGCUGAAGAAUAACGAAAGCCAGGGAAAGAUAUGUUAAUAUAUUUGAAUGUGACUUAGUAAUAAUAGUGUUGCAGAUUUCAGGCAAUCAAUAUGUAGUGUUGAGUUAUUUUCCUCCAUUUACUGUCAAGUUCUAGCAUGCAGUCAGUCCUGCUGUCAGUUUUCAGUUGAAGCUAUCUUAAUCUAAUCAACACUAAAAUACUUUUGGGUUAGUUUCAUAUCUAAGUUUCCUAUAAGUCUUUUCCUCUUUUGUAUACAGAGAUAAACACACCUCUGUUCCUGGUCACGUUGCAGAAUGUGUACAAAACUAUAGAUGUCUGGGUCCAUUCAAAGAAAGCUGUAAACAAUGUCAAUGUUUAUGUGAAUAAUAAUAAUAUUAGCAAAUAUAAUUCUAUUACAUUAGUGUUUUCAUCAAUUAUCAACAUUGUAUGAUGCCAUUUUGUAAUUGUCGACGUUAGAUGAGAUUUUGGGACAUCCAUCAGUGGGACACAUCAUUUAGAAAUAAAAAAAAAAGUCACGGGUAGCUGUUAGUGUGUCUGUGUAUAUUUAUGUAAAUGAGCAAUACCAGAAUUUACCAAAACUCUGUUUUGACCUUUCUCUGUAUAGUGACCUACUGUAAAUCAAACCUCAGCAGUAAUAACAGUGUUAAAAAUCCACAGAAAUGAUACAGCUUAUAGAACAAAUCAAUGUUUGUAUUUUAAAAUAUUGUAUUUAAAAGAUUCAAUUCUAUUUUUUACUCAAUUUGCUGAUGUUUAUUAAUAUUAUUUGGUUGUUUUUAUUUUCUGUGGGUUUUAGUAUAAUGAUUGUGGAUGUCUCGGUGUGCUGUUUUGUUUUUAUUUUUCUUCUUUUUUUUUUCUUUUUCGUAAAGCUAAAUGGUUCUGCAGUAGUGACUCUUUCAGCAAUUUGUUCAUAUUGAAUCACUGUGAUUUAAAAGGCAAACACUAAAACACCACAGGAACUUAGGGGUACUUCAAGAUAUUGUCGGUGUCAUGUGUUUUGUAAUAAAUUAACACGCGUCAGAAUUUGCCAUUUGGUCUGUCUUUUAUGAUCUUGUUUUUUUUCUGUAAAAAUGUGUGUGUGUGUGUGUGUGUGUGUGUGUGUGUGUGUGUGUGUGUGUGUGGAUUGUAAUUGUGCAUUCAACAUGGGAAUGUGGUAAUGUGCAAUACAUUCCCUGUUCUAGUGGGUGAAGUUGUAAGAACACUGUUGCGGUAUAGACAUCCAGCUAGCUAAUGACAUUUUAAAAAAUAAUUUAUAAAUACAAACAAUGUAAAGGCACAAUUAUUGUGUAAACAAUAGAAAACCAGGACAAGCAAUCUUUUUCUCAGAUGCGUUGGUAAAUAGAUCAAUGCAGGAAAAACAUGGGGCCUGGCCUUCAGAUCAAGUUUUUGGUGAUGGCAAGACAAUGACCCCGCUCUUGACAAUUUCUAACAAUUGGCACAACACAAUUCAUAUGAAAACUUCUAGGAUUAAUGUUAAGGUUGGUGCUGGGUUAAUGGUUCUAACUUAAUUGCAAUGAAAUUGAAUGAAACCUAAAUACAUAGCUUUUGCUUACUUUGCUUACUAUUCAUACACAAUGUUUUAAUGGUAUCCAUUAAAACACACAGUACUAACAUUCAUUUCGUUGAGAACGGUGCAUUGACAGACAGCUCGCAUCAACGCUUGCUGAUACUUAAAAAUUGAUUACAAAUAAACUUACUCUCUGUUGUCCGUUUACAAAUUUGCCAGAGUUUAACUUUUGAUGGAACAUGAAAAAAAUAGCCCAUCCCUCACUCUUACCUGUUCAUACCUUUUCAUGACAGUUUGCCUGAGUU